GCUUCUGCUCCCGGGGAAGAAGCACCUAUACAGCUGGUCUGUGACUGGAGAUAGUAGUCCAAUCACUUGGGCCCAACCUGCGUGCAAUCAUGGAAUUCGUUAUGCUCGGCCCAUUCUCAGUGAUCGUAUUAGCCAGAUAUAAAGAAACUUGCGGAUAAACGUACGUACGGUGCUAUGGGCGGACACUGUUACAGCAACAGUAGAGGGGACCGUGGACGUAGCAAACCUAGGCGGUUGUCACCAGUGUGUCGAGGUGCUGCCGGGUGUGAGGUUGGCGCCAGGUCCUGAAGGGCCGCCCGAUCCUUCUGCGUGUACAAACCCAAGUUGAGACAGCGCCAACAGGAUGGGUGUGGAGCGUGGUCGCUCGUCCCUACGGUCGCAUGGCGUCACGUCCCAGCGCUCCUACGGUACAUCAUCGUCUUCGUCGCAGGGCUCCAGAGCACGAUGCAAGAACUGCUGUCGGAAGUUCGUGUCCUUUAUGUGUACACAGGUGGGCGUGGGCGGCCUGGUAGUGUCUUAUGCCAUCAUGGGCGCCUUCGCUUUUAUAGCCAUUGAGGGAAAGGAGGACUACUGGAUGACAAAUCGUACGUCACUCAUCCACAAUAACACAAUUCGGACACUGUGGAAUUUCACAGAACAUCUUAACGUGCUUCACAAAGAUCAGUGGUACGAAGAUGUCAACGAUACGCUAUACGAAUUUCAGAAAAAGAUAGUACAAAUAGUCAAGACGGGGUAUGAUGGUCGGUCCCACCUGGAAGUCUGGAACUUUCCAACGUCUCUCAUGUUCUGUCUGAGCGUGUUCACCAUGAUUGGCUACGGCCACAUGACGCCCAGGACAGAGUGGGGCAAGAUCGCCACUAUCAUGUACGCCGUCCUCGGCAUCCCGCUCUACAUCGUCUACUUUAUGAACAUGGGUCGAGUGUUUGCCAAGUCCUUCAAAUUCCUGUACCGAGUGAUGUACCGAUGCUUUAACAGGAACAAGACCAAGACUCUGGAUGAUGCAGAACUAAGCGAGGAGCAAGCCGAGGAACAAACCAUCAUUGUGCCUUCCACCGCCUGUAUGUGGGUUAUGAUAUUCUAUAUGACCACCGGCACCAUUAUGUUCGCCGAGUGGGAGAAUUGGUCCUACCUUGACUCCUGCUAUUUCUCCUUCACCUCCCUGGCCAAGAUAGGUAUUGGAGAUUUCGUUCCUGGCUUUGGCGGCGGUGGCUUCGGCGAAGCCACUGAGGACAGCCAAACGAAGCUCAUCAUUAACUUUAUGUAUCUUUUGAUAGGCAUGGGCAUAAUCGCCAUGUGUUACACUCUCAUGAAGGAAGAAAUUAUGCUCAAGUUGAGAGCGCUCACACAAGACAUGAAAGAAAAGGUGUUAGUUUGUGGCUUGAAACUUGGUCUCUAUCAGGAAGAACAACCAUACCCGGACAUUCAUCCGCAAAUUCACGGACGUACAAAGUCUAUGCGUAAAUCUAUGCGUCGACGGUAGUGCGUGGUGACGGAGCCACUCAUGCCCAAGGAUCGAUGAACUGUUUACCACUGUGCGUCAGUCUGCUUUAUUUAAUUUCCGUUUAUCACACUGACUGACGAAGUUUAUAGUGAUCAGUCAGUGGUCAGAUAGGCAUAAUGAGUUGACUCUUACACUUUGUUUCUUGAAUAAGUCGUUCUCAGAGAUUUUCCCAGACAUGGACCAAGAAGUUUGAGCGUCACUUGGUACAUCUCUUGAAGUUUCUGUACCUUAAAAGUGAAUGUCAACAGAUUGUUCUCUUAAGAGUGUUGUACCUGAUGAGUGUAUUUUUCUUUUUCAAGUGUUUAUCUGAAAAACACGUGUGCGUAUUCAGUAUUAAUUUAGCUGUGGGAACAUACACAUAUGCAAGCACCAUGAAUGUCCACCACAUUACUUUGUGAGCAUAACAAAGAAUGUACCUUUAGUAGAAUCAGUAUUAGUGAAGGGGUUUAGUGGAGUUACACCUUGAAAAUAAUUCCUUAUUACAAAUGUCAAAUAUAGCAAUAGCCCGUUUAGAUACACGGCUGUAGCCUGCAUUUCAUUAUGUGUUAUGAAUAUGUAAAUAUUCACUAAUGUAUGUGAAUAGUGAAUUAUUGAAGAACUACACAAUAAUGCCCCAAGUACUGUAAUAUUUGUGAUGGUAAAUGUAUUAUGAAUUAUAUAUAAUGUCCUUUUCUUCCAUGAUGAUCAAUGUAUAACUAUGCAUGAACGGUUAUGAUAAUUAGAAGCCACUGUGCGUUCUACCUAUUACAAAAAUAAAAUAUAGACCCCGA